AUGCUUAUUCCCAAGCAAAACCGUAACGAAACCUACAAGGCGCUCUUCUCCGAGGGUGUCAUCUGGGCCAAGAAGGACUACAACUUGCCGAAGCACCCGGAGGUUGGGCAAUCGGGUGAGAACCCGAUCGACGUCCCGAACCUGCACGUGAUCAAGCUCAUGCAGUCGUUCAAGUCCAAGGGAUUCGUCAACGAAAUCUUCUCCUGGAGACACUACUACUGGUACCUGACGGAUGAGGGCAUCGAGUACUUGCGCGAGUACCUCAACUUGGGUCCGGACGUGGUGCCGAACACGCUCAAGAAGGCGGCGCGCGCGCCGACGCGCGAGCCGGAGGCCCCGCGUGGUGGCCGCGGCGGCCGCGGUGGCUUCGGUGGCGACCGCGGCGGAUACCGCAGCGAGCGCCCGCCGCGACAAUAA